ACUUGCACACUUUUCAAUGACACAUAUGAACAUUCACACGUAUGGACUUAAUUGCUAUCAGAAAAGGCAACCAAAUCAACUAUAGCAUGAAAACGAGUUAUGCGUAAAAUGUGCAGAUUGGCUUAAGUGAAAUUACGAGAAAACACACUAGAACGCAUCUUCCUAACUGUAUUGCUGUACUACAAUAAACCCGUUUUAGGAGGCGACUCUGUUGGAAUAGUUUCAUUUCAGUGGUACCUUCGCAAGGUAAGAAAACAGGUUGCGACAAGCAACAUUUCAGAGAAGGAUAGAGAAAGGGAUAACGCGAGCAGAAAGUUAUAUAUCCCGUUCAGUAAUCAUCAUGACGAGGUAUAACUUUUUGCUAUGUUUGAUGGUUUAUAUUUGUCUGGGACUGUCCGGGAGUGACGAGCCUAACCUUUUUCUUCCACCAACGAGCGAGAUGCCAACAGACGCCGGGCUGUCGCUCCUUGAUGAAGAAGCAGGCGCUCACGAAUGUUCCGCAUGCGUUUGGCGAGAGCAAAGUAAAGUGCUGAGACUGGAGACCAUCAAAUCUCAGAUACUGAGUAAGCUCCGGCUCAAGUAUGCUCCUAACAUUAGUCGGGAGGUGGUGAACCAGCUGCUACCCAAGGCGCCUCCGCUCCAGCAGCUUCUGGACCAUCACGACUUCCAGGGAGAUGCGUCCUCCCAGGAUGAGUUUAUGGAGGAGGACGAAUAUCACGCCACUACGGAGUCAGUCAUCACUAUGGCUUCGGAGCCGGAGCCACUGGUGCAAGUGGACGGCAAGCCUAGCUGCUGCUUCUUCAAAUUCAGCCCCAAGCUCAUGUUCACCAAGGUGCUGAAGGCCCAGCUGUGGGUAUACCUACGGCCACUGCAGCAGACCUCCAAGGUCUACCUGCAGGUCCUCAGACUGAAGCCUGUCACAGACCAGGGCAGCCGCCACAUCCGCAUCCGCUCGAUGAAGAUCGAUCUGAACUCCCGCGUCGGCCACUGGCAGAGUAUCGACUUCAAGCACGUGCUGCAAAACUGGUUCAAGAAUCCGCACACCAAUUGGGGUAUCGACAUCAACGCUUAUGACGAGAGUGGCAACGACCUGGCCGUGACCUCGCUGAGACCGGGGGAGGAAGGGCUGCAGCCGUUCCUGGAGGUCAAGGUUCUCGAGACGACCAAGCGCUCCCGACGUAAUCUGGGCCUGGACUGUGACGAGCACUCCACCGAGUCCCGGUGCUGCCGCUACCCAUUGACAGUGGACUUCGAGGCCUUCGGCUGGGACUGGAUCAUUGCACCCAAGCGCUACAAGGCCAACUACUGCUCGGGCCAGUGCGAAUACAUGUUCAUGCAGAAGUACCCGCAUACGCACCUGGUACAGCACGCCAAUCCCAGAGGCUCCGCGGGGCCCUGCUGCACGCCCACCAAGAUGUCGCCCAUCAACAUGCUCUACUUCAACGACAAGCAGCAGAUCAUCCACGGCAAGAUCCCGGGAAUGGUGGUGGACAGGUGUGGCUGCUCCUAGGCUCAACCGAAGUCAUGCGUACUCGUGCACAUUCCGCUCUGCAUCAUUUCCACCCAAAACCCUGACUGAGCUCUCCUCUGGCACAAGACUUUACUCCCUCCCCCGCCACACUCUGCUACAAAAGAAAUCCCACUGGACCUCCAUUUUCUUAGUUAUUCAUUUUAGUCAAGCAUGUAAAAUGGUAAAAAAAUGAAGUGUGAAAUGAAGAUAGGAGCGAGGCCGAGUGGUUGAGAUUUAUAUUGAAGACUAUAAAGGGGUGUGUCUGUGGAGCAGCUUGAGAAACAUAUGGUAAAUAAGUCAAAACUAUGUCUUAGGUGUUUGUUCGUUUUGUGGUUGUUUUGAUUCAAAAAAAGAUUUAAAGAAAAUGUAUAUCAGGUUUUUUUAAAGAUGGUGUCUUUGUUGAGAUGUCCUGGAUAGUAAAUCCAGACUGAUGGAGGGAGACGUUUCUAAGCAGUUACAGUAUCCUUUAAUUUCACAUUGUUGCUUCCAAGCAAAUUCAGUUUUGAGGUGAGGGGCAAAACUGUAUUAUUUUUUUAUUUUACAUUUUUAAACGCUUUAAUAGCAUAUUAUACUCCUAACAAUAGGAUUUGAUUCACAACCAAGACAUUUGUAGACAGAGGUGUUAUAUGGGGGCUUCGACUUAUUAUCAGUGCUAUCGUGCAAUGCUUCACCUUUAGCAUCAUUAAGUUAUUACAAAACAGAUCUCCCAUACUUGCUUGUCUACUUUAGGCAAAAAGUUUAUGAAUCCAAAAUGGUGUUUAAGAAAAAAAUUAUGUAGUAGAUGUAAAGUGUUGAGAUCCAAAGCCAAACUCUGCACCCUUUGGAGUUGUAUCUAGCACCACUGUGUGAAAUUCUUAAGAAUCCAAGAACCCUUUCAAAGAUACUUUGAUCUUCUUUUACCCGUGAUCUUGUAAAACACAAAAAGAAAAAGAAGAAAAGAGUUAUUUCAUUACCUUUGUAAGUGAACAAGAAAGCGUUUGUUUGUAAUGCAUUUUCUCUAUGUUUUACUGCAGAAGCACACGUAACAGCUUAGACCUCAAUAUCAACCCUAAUAUCAAACUGCGCACAAAUUAAAGAUUAACUAAGACAAAAGUGUCAAAGCUACACUUUUAAAACUCUCUGUCUGGUAAGAGCCAAGUAUGGGUCCAAUUCCCUUUAAAUUUCAGUCUGUUACAUGUAUUUUUUACCAAACUCCAAUUCAAGGUCCAAUUUCUCCACUUUGCAAAGCAUUGAAGACAAUUGGAAUUGGAAUUUCAGUGUACUUUCUGAAUGGACUGGAAUUUAAAUGGAAUUUACCCUGAACUUAGUAAUAUGAAACAGCAUUUGUUUCUUACAACAGUACCUUUGUAUAGGCCGUCAUUAAUCUGUCACUUAUGAACUAAAUCAAGUGUUUAAUUCAAAAGCAUUUUUAAAUCAAGAAUAUACCCUGCCAACACAACAUGGAUCAUUAGGGCAUCCCCAGAACGUAUGGAGAUUGUGUCAAGUUCGUUUGGAUAUCCCCAGAACACGUGGAGAUUGUCUCAUGUUCGUCUGGAUAUCCCCAGAACGUGAGGAGAUUGUCUCAUGUUCGUCUGGACAGCCUCAGAACGCGUGGAGAUUGUGUCAUGUUCGUUUGGACAUCCCCAAUUUGGUGGGUGCCAGUUUACACUGCUAUGGGCGUAAGAUCACAGUGAAACGGAAAGCCACAAGUACUUUGACAAAUGUUGUCCAUAUGAAAAUAACCUACUUGUAUGUACUUUUGUCGUUUUCACUGUGAAGUACUAUUCUCAUUCACCACGACUAUCGCCUCACAUUAAUUUACGUAAAACAAACCCAAUGAGUGGAGGACCAAAUGUAAUCAACCAAGUAGCUAUAACAGAAAGGUUGUGAUGGCUGUGGUAAGGAAGAUACCCUUGUGUUGGAAAUAAGCUAUAAUGCUUGUUUUGACAUGUAGUAAGUAAAGGCACACUAAAGUAAAGGGAAGACCUAGAUUGUGGAUCAUAUGAAAAUAAGGAACAUUGAUAAAGACAAGACAAUACAGCUGAAAUGCCAUUUCUAGUUUAGAGAGAACAUAUAUUUUAAUUGAAAAUCCUGAUGUCCCCACCCCCCAACCUCAACUGCAUCUGUAAUGUGCAGGAAAUAUUGGAAGUGCUUGAACAUAGAGUGUAGAUUUAGAUGCUUGAAGUCUGUCUUGUCUCCUGGAUGUCAAAGCGAAGAUAUCUCUUUGUUGUAAACGAAAGCACUAUGCUGUUGGAUAAAGGAAGAGCCUUCUGACAUUAUAUAUAAAUAAUAUAUGUAUAUAAUUAAAAAGGGGUACAAAAAUCCUUUCUGGGCACUCUACCUUACCAACAAUAAAUUUUGCACUAUGGGACGUUAUGGCGUGAGGAGUCGUGUUGUUGUUUGUGUUUGUAUUUUACCUUAUCGAGCACAAGAGCUUUUACAAUUGAAAAAAGAACUGUCCAAGCUUCUGGCAAUACACCAUGUGGAUAGACUAGUAAGCCUAUCACUUAUUUUGUUACAUCACACUUUGCUGACUUCCUUUUCGUCUGAAGCGGAGGCCUGUCCAUAUUCUCACGCUCCUCUUACACCCAUCUCAGAAACCUGGACUUACCAGCGGCCAACUGGUCUCUGUCCUCCCGGGGUGAUAAGUCGUGUGUAACAAUUGUCUGGACCGAUGAACAUAGAACGCUUUAAACUGGAAAUGCCCCAUCAUCAACUUCAAUCAAUCUGUUAUCAACUCGGAGAGACUUUUGUCCUUUUGAAUUUGAGCGAAUUUUUGUGUUAACUGUCUAAUACAGACAUGUUCUGCCUUUGUGUGUUUUGAGUGAAAAGUGCCCAUAUUAGAAUGGGGAAAAAGUAUCCAGGGAUCGCUAGCCAAAGUAGAGGAUGACAUGUUGUGUGCUGUAACUUUUGUAACUGCAGGAAAAUGUUAAACAAUUUCAAAGGGAGAAACUGUGGUAUGGGCAAUGGUUGGAAACAAUUCAACUGGUAAAGUGUCUCUAUUUAUUAAGAUCAAAUCAUUGAAUUUCAAAGUAUGUCUACCUCACUAGCGUUCUGAAAACUUGCUUAUACAUUUAACAGUUAGGUUUUGUCAUAAGUUAACCUGUGCAAACACGUAACCUGGACAGUAAACCCAAAAAAUGUAGACUAAUGCCACAGGGUCACCUUGCUCUCAGGUCUGAAUUGAGUAGAAAGCUGAGUUCAAGAGUGACUGUAGCAAAUAGCUAAAGGUAAUGUAUGCUGACAAAAGAAGAAAUACAUAGCUCAACCCAGUACCAUAGCUUAAUUCUGAUUAAUGCUGUGGAUAAAGUUGCAUCUUGAAUUUUUGAGUAUGUAUACUGGUAUGUGUGAGAAAGUGUUUUCAUAUAUAUAAAUAUAUGAGAGGAAGAAAUCUCUAUGUAAAUAAAUACCCAAAUGCUGACAUUUUAUAAUGUUUUGGACAGGUUCUCCGCUUCUUAUGUUUUUGCUCACUUUCUUUUCUUUCACUUUCAUUUGUUCAUCAUGUUGUGUAGAUAAUUUUCACCCCAACUUUGUAGUUUAAUAGUUGUGCAUAUGAAUAACUGUUCCAUUGUUAUUUUUUCUUUUCUUUUUUCUUUUUUUUUGUACAAUAAAUCAUUUAUUUAGCUUACAAAAUUCACGACUGAUUGAUUCCAAUUCUCCCGUGUUUAUUUCUGGCUGCCCUAUUAUCACACCUGGCUUGAGAAGCUUCAUCCAGGUUCUAACUCAUCAUCAGGCCUGUUAUGUCUCACAUAAAAUGAGCAUAGGACGCAGUGACAGCCUGGUGGAUUCUGAAUCUUGGGAUGGAGUUGGGGUGCAGGGAGAGGAAACAGAUGAAUUCUGAGGCUAAUUGGUAGAAGAGAGAGAGAGGAGAGAAACAAGCCCAAAGAGAAAGGUUUAGUGUUGGGAGGCUAUUGUUUGGAUUUUUGUACGGGAUGCAGCAUGACCCAAUUAAUAUGUCACCUGAUAGGAGGGCCUCUCAUCAACCUAAUUUAGGGAAUCAAUGGGGGACAAAUGAGACUGAAGACGGAGCUCUUUACUGAUGCAAAUGCACAUGGACCACCCACAACAGAACAGAACACAGACGCCAGCAGUGACAUAAACCUUACAACAUGCUCACACAAAAACCUCCCCAAACAAACAUUCACACACUCCUCAACCCAUAAUCCCACACACUAACGUGAUCACAAACUCCCAACGAUGCACACACAUUCAACAUAUUUAACACUCUGGCCUACAGUCUAUAGACCACUGAAAGCCACACUGCAAAAA